GAGAUCGCAGUCAAGUACUUCCUUUAAUAAAAGCAUCGCCCAGUGCCUUGCCAUCCCUCGUUCAGCUUUGCCUUUCGUUACUCAUUCGCUCAUCUGUCUUCGCCAUGCAGUCUGACCUUACUUUCUUAGUCACGAACUUGAUGGGCUCUGCAAUUGUGUCCCUUAUCCUUUUUCUCAUCGCCAUCGUUGGCUUGUGCCAGAUGCGCAGACAAUCACAUGAGUCCAUUACAGGCCACGGACUUCACAGCGUGGCCAGCAUCCUGUCCCUCUCCUUCGCGAUACUGGGUCUCGGCGCCGUACUCACGUCAAUUGUCAUAUUUCGCAAGGCCCUGCCGGAAGCUCGCAGUCACACCAACGAAACCUUCAGUUCGCUCGCUGGAUGGAGCAUUGCGGCAGUCUACACUUCCACGUUAUAUGGCUGCGUACAUAAGCAACUCCGUAACUACCGAGAGGUCAUCGUUGCUCCCAGAUUUCUUUGUUAUUUCAGUCGGCGCUACACUGUUCAUACUCGCGUUCGGCGGCUGGCGCGCUGCAGAAGGACAUUGGGAUCUGCUUCUGACCGCGCCAAUGCCGAUAGAACUACUGACUACCGUCUUUGUACGGGAGACAGGCGCUUGUCUGAAGCGCCAGAUCUUGCAGAGGGAAGUUUCAAGACUGGAUGUUGCUUGCGGUAUAUGGACCAUCCUAGGCUGCUCGGCAACCUUCCUUUCUGUCAUAGCAUUCGGGCUAUCGCUCUCUAACGACGGAAUGUUGCCGCGAGAAUACACCUCGGAUUGCUCCGUGGCGAUCUAUUGCCUGAUGGUCACAUCUGUGAUUCUUCACUCCCUCCCUUCCGUCUCUU